GUUGCCUGUGGUCAGUGACAUCAUCGGACAGGACCUCUUCCUCAUUCAGAUUGACUCACUGAUAUCUGGGCCACUCGUGAUUUGAAACACGGUUUAUACGGCUAAGUGACCUUCAAUAACUUUAUUUAAAUUGCUGGUAAGUGAUUAGGUCCUGUAAGAGACGGUAUAAUACCGAGGAAAGAAGUGCGUUCAGUUCAAGGAAGUAACAACUGAGAUGGUACCUUUGAUGUUUAAAGAUGCUUUCUGGGGGUCUGAAUUCACAUGUCAUGCCGGGUACGACGCAGUGAUCCAAAGGUUACGAGAUGGAAGGCAAAUGUGCAAAGAUGUGGAAGAGCUUUUAAAGAUGAGGGCACUAGCAGAAGAGAAGUACGGGAAGGAACUGGUGACUAUUGCUCACAAAGCUGGAGGACUCACAGAGAUAAGCACCUUGAGAGCAUCCUUAGACCAGUUAAAAACACAAAUUGAGAACAUCGGGAACUUUCACAUCCAACUCUCUGAUACAUUGAAAGAGGAGGUGAAAAAGAUUGAGACAUUCAGAGAACGGCAGAAAGAGCAGAGGAAGAAGUUUCAAAGCAUCAUGGAGAAGGUUCAGAAGAAAAAGGUUUCCUUGUACAAGAAGACCAUGGAGUCUAAGAAGAACUACGAGCUGAGAUGCAAAGAGGCAAACGAGGCAGAGCAGGGGGCUGAGAAGAAAAAUCCAGACAAGGCUCGUCAGAAGGCUAAGCAAUGCAGACAGGCAGCCAAUGAAGCAGAGAGGCUGUACUUUACCAGCAUUAUUCAACUAGAUGAAGUUCGCCAGGACUGGGAAGAAACACACACAAGUACAUGUGAGGUGUUCCAGCAGCUGGAGGGAGAUCGCAUCAGCAUGCUCAGGUAUGCUCUCUGGGACCAUUGCAAUCAUUUCUCCAUGCAGUGUGUCAAUGAUGAUGAGUCUUACGAGGAAGUGAGAAAGCAACUGGAAAAGUGUGACAUCACGACAGACAACAACUAUUUCAUAGGGAUGAAGAGCACAGGAUUGAAGCCUCCAGAGCCCAUUUUGUUUGAGAGCUGCAACCAGACGACGAUUUCCGGGAACAGCAAUGGGCAAGCUCAUUCUGUGGGAGGAGUAGACAACAUGUUGAAGAGGCGUUCUGAUCCCCUCCCUCUUAGUCCUGUGAGCAUCAGUGUGGACAGUCCUCAAAGCUCACGAUCAGCACUGACAUGUGUUGACGAGUCUUCAGCUGAGACUUCAGAUGGAGGAUAUGCACCUCUACAACGCCUCCAGUACGCAGCACCACUGGCCACAGAAUCACCUGAUAGAGAUUUCUACGUUGUACUUUAUGAAUUCUCUGCACAGGAAGAGGACGAACUGUCUGUCAGUAGAGGAGAGCUGGUCCGAGUUUUGGAGAGAGGAGAAGAUGGUUGGUGGGUAGUGGAGAAGAUGGGGCUGAGUGGAAUGGUACCAGGAAACUAUCUGGCCAAAAUCUGAACACACACACACACACACACACACACACACACACACACAACAAAAACAACAACAACAAAAUACAUACAAAUGACAUCACAUGCAUAAUCACACACCAAAACAUGUGCAUGUGCAUAUGCUUAAAAAUAAAAAGUAUCCAUGCUGUGUUAAUCUUGCACGCAACACUUCACGCACACAUUCACAGACACAUUAACACCUACAGAUAACUUUCUCAGGCUUUCUAGGUGAGUGUUUGAGUGUUCUCUGAGCAAUUUACAAAAGUUAUAGAAAGUGAGAUCUUUUGUUUAUUUAUACAGUAAAAGCUUUCCAGAAAGACUACUGAAUUGAUCCGUGGGAUUAUUAUUUAUUAAGCCUUAAUUAGACAUUACAUUGUAACCCUGCUACCUCAGGUGUUGUACAGCUGGGAUUUUCACAUCCAAACUCCUCAUGCUUUCCAAUAAUGUACACCUAGUACAGUCUCAUGAAUGAUAAACCAACCGGUGCUGGAAAUUUGAGUGGACUGUGGACUCGGCUCUGCAUAACAAAAAUAGUAUAACUUUUUUUAAAAUCAACAAUCCAAACUCUGAUCAUCAUAUUAUAAAGAAAUAACUGAUAAAUUAUUUUAUCUCCAAUUGAUAAGGAACCAUAGCUGUGUCAGUUGACUCAAGCAUUGUAUUUGAUGUGAGCCGUCAGUUACCAUUAAAUAAAGUUAAGGGUGUAUGAUUGAAACUUCCAGCAAUACGGACCGCAAACUUCCAAGAGGAAAAAAUGGGAACUGGAGCACAUUAAUUUAGUUACAGCCUUUAAUUGUGCAAACAGAAACAUUUCGACUUUGAAUAUUGAACAUGACACCCUCUUUGAUUCAAUAUCCAGUAGAUCUGAAAUCCUGUUCUGUUAUCCAAUGACAUUUGUACACCUGCUCUAGGUUGACAAUAUGUGUUUGCCUCAUGUCUUUGUCCAUUCUGACUCUGAUGAGCACACAGUAGUGCUGAAACAUAGUCUGUCUGCACAAUUAAAGGCUGAAAAUCAAUCAGUGUGCUUCCAUCCUCAUCCUUUGAGUGUGUGUGAUGAGUCUAAAUCAAUGGUGCAACAGUGUAUAAUGAUGAUUCAACAGUUGACUUGGUGUAAUAGCAUGUUCAACUAGCGCCCAGCUUGGUUUUGUCUCUCAGGUUCUUUGUAUCAUUUCUUGGUCGUAGUUUUGUGUGUGUGUUUGUGAGCUGGGUAAAAUGGAGGGUUACAUGUUCUGUACAUAUGUUAUAUGUACAUAUGUUACUAUUGCAAAUACAAAAAUAUAAUUAAUGUAACUGAGAAAACUUUUCACAUUUGUCAACUGACAGAACAGGUAUUUGUUUAAACAUAUUAUGUUUCAUGCGAUUGGUGAAAUAUCAAAUGUUUAUGUCUGUAUGUAUAACUGGUAACAUAUUUACUUUCAUAUACAGCAAUAUGGAUGAAAAUAAACAGUCAAGUUGAAA